AUAAAUGAAGGCUGACUGAUAAUACUGAACGUUCCGAGCACUAACCAUCGUGGUGAGAGCAUUACCGACAAAAUGGCGAUUGCGUUCCCCAUAUUGGUGAUUUUCUGCAUGGCGGCUAGCAGCGUCAGGUCGGCGAUACCUCCCGGCUACAUAUUGGAUAUUACCCCCGAAUGCGGGCCUGACGGAAUUGCCGAUGGAGUGGUGAAACUCAUGACUGACUUCAGCGCUGAGGCGAAGGCCUUCUGUGCAGGAGGAACCUCGGUCAAGCUCACGUCCAAAGAUGGCGUCAAUUACGCCGUGCCCGUGUCGUACCCAGGAAAGGGCGGCGGGAAGUCGGUUUGUAAAUACAAAAAAAAGCGAGAUUCCCUGGUAUACACGGUUCUGAUCAUUGUGGCCUUCGGCGAGCCAGGCAGUCGUCUCCACCAGUCGGACGAGGAAUACACCAUCACGUGCACCUUCCAGCCCAAGGGAAAGAAAGACAGCGGUCCUCUGAAGAUCGUUCCCGGUGUAAGCGCUCCAAAGGUGAUCGAAGGCAACAAGGCUCCGGUCAGCGUGUCCGUUGUCAAGGUGUACUUGGCGGACGUCAAGGGCACGCCACUCACCGGCAACAUACCGACAGGGAAGAGCGUCAGACUCAUGGCCAAAACAACCACACCUAAGGACCUCGGCAUCCAGGUGGAGUCGUGUGACGCAAUGGACUCCAAAGGGAACAGAUACUCGCUGUUAAGAGCAGGUUGCGGCGACGGUAUGAUAAUCGAUAAGAAUGCGGGCUUUGUUACUCGCGACAAGAGCUCCUCCAGCCCGUUCUUCAAGGUGUUCACUGUCAAUGGCGACUGGACGCUCCGGUUCGAAUGCAACUUCACAAUAUGUGCUAUAAAAUGCAAUGGCCCCUCUUGUUCAUCACAAAAAACCGCACGAAGACGUCGAGAACCAGGGCUAGUUGGGCGACUACAGUCCUACCUGUGGGGAUGGAAGACCAAUGCUUUCUCGGAACCCUACUCCUUGACGGACAACGGGUAUGCUGUCGCGCGCACGGUCAACGUGGGCUCCUCUCGGUUGGCACGGGACGUACUCAACCCGUAAAAAGUUGAGGAAAAUGUAAUAAGGUGGUUGGAUGUCAAUAAACGUUAUAAAAC